AUGGACGAUUACACUGGCAAUGCUUCCAAUGACGUGGAUGAUGCAGCGAAAUUGACCUUACGGUUGUCAUUUGGUGCUUCAGCGGCCCGGUCAACAUCCCGACCAAAACGUACCGUCAAGCCAACCGAAAAGGUCAGGGCAGCUUUUGACAUAUUACCUGAGCGUCAGAAAUUGUUUGUCAAGCCGAGGGUCCACAACGACUCGCCUGCUCCGGAACCUGUUCUGUCUGUGUCCUCUAUGACAUCGCGGUCGUCAUCACCUCCACCACCACCGAUUCCGCUGGAAAUUGACUACGGCGCUUGGGAGGUUCCUUUCUCGCCUGAGAUCUCGACGACGGCAGAACGUGUCGAGCAAUACCGACGACUUCAAAAAUGUAAGCCCAAGUUUCCAUUGACGUGGAGAGACGGCGUGAUGCUGCUCAAGAAUCAGGAGUGGCGCCACAACGGUCGAGUUAUGAGAAGAAUGGAGUGGCCGUCGGAAUCGCUUGCUUCGGAUACCAGAUCUUUGUGGAUAACACUUGAGCUUCCAGGUAGGUCGCAUGGUGAAAGCGGCUUCCUGGAGUAUUUCCUUGUAUGGGACCAAGCUCGCAGAGAUGAAGAAAGUCUUGACCGAAGUGAAGAGCUACGGCAAUCGGAAAGUGAGUUGGAAAGGAUUUUACGAAAAAACAUUGCUGGUACUUCGCUUGAAGAUUCGACGCAGGCGACGAUUGAGAGUCGUGAUAAAUCUCCACUCGAAGACCCUUCGAUAGCAGACACACGCACGGAGUCAAAUGAGGUUCUGCCCUCGUUUGGUAUGGACGGUACUACCGAUGACCCGCGUGAGGAUGAUCACGCUCAAGAGGAAAAACCAAGAAAGACAUUGAGCUGGACUGGCAAAGGCUCAGUGAGAAAGACUAAAGUCUCGAAGGCUAGUCUCAAGAAAGGAGUAACAGGUGCUCCAACUUCUGAAGGGGACACUCCCACUCGUCAAUCGAAACGUAUCAUUCUCAAGUUAAGCAUGAAGUCAAAGGAGCAAGGCCAAGAACCUUCUACACCAGCCUCCACAGAUCAUGCAUCCGCAGGCCGUCCUACAACCCCACUCAAGGUGAGUCCGGUCGACACUCCGAUUGAUGGUUAUUUUGGGCGCAAAAGCACCCCUUUGAGGCCCUCGUCGCCCCCUUCGAGCUUCCACACAAGAACCAGAACCACGCCUGUACCAUCGACUUCAUCCAAGAACACCGCUUCUUCCAGCAGUAUAGCUGCUCCAUCACUCGCCAGGGACACAGAUAGACCUGACACAGCUGCCCUACCUGCACCACUCACACAACCCCAUAUCUCCACGACCCAAGACUCCCCUCCGCCUCCAACAGCACCCACCUCAUCACCACCCCGAGGCCUCCGAUCGCUCCUCCACCUCGCCCCACAAUACACCACCCCCGAGGUCUUCGGCCCCCUAUCAAACCCCCCAACCCCCAAAUCCCAGCACCGCACCAGCACCCCCAACACCCCCAAAGAACCACAGAAACCCGUCCGAGGCCUCUACAUCCCCAUCGACGAGUCCUCCCUCCACAACUGGAAAGUCCCCCCGGGCACAACCGAUGCUUUUGGCGUCCCCUACACCAACGAUGUAUACGUCCUCCGCACCCAGUUUCCCCCGAAACCCAUCCUCAAGCCGAGCUUCCUUGUUCAUCUGUCGCAGCUGCGUGCGCAUGGGUUUACGGCGCUGGAGAGCUUGGUUGUUGAGCUUGAGGGGUUUGCGCUGAGGAAGGGGGUGGAUGCGGCGUUUAUGAGGCUGUUGGAUAGGUGGUUGAAGUGGUUGUGUGACGGGAUUGAGAGGGCGUUGGGGAUGGGUGGGAUUAAGGUUUGGAAGGGAACUGGGGAGAGGGAUGGGGAGGACGUGGUGGUGAAGAUGUUGGGUGUGCCGAUGGUUGUUGGCGUGGAGGGUUGA